AUGGAAGAUAUAGAUGCAAGAAUAGAAAGCUAUCUAAACACAAUGGAUGCAAUGGAAGACCAAAUAAACCGCUUAGAAUCGAAGCUUUUAGAAAUAAAUAAAAGAACUGCUUCUAAAGCUACUAACUCCCCUCCGUGAGCGAACAAAAAAUUUUGUUUUGCCAAGAAGGGGUUAAUUUUUUUUAAAAAAAAUCCCAAUUCGCAAAAUGGAAAGCAAAUAUUUAUUCAAAUUAUAAAACUUAUAUUUUAUAAUUCAAUUUGUUUAAAAUUAAGUGAAUUAGCUAGAGAUUUCAUUAUAAAAAAAUCAUGAUAUAUCGAUUUUUUUUUUAUAAAAAAUUUUCUUGUUCGCUGACGGAUAGUAGGAUAUUGGGCUAAAAUAGGAAUUUUUCCAAUGGUUUUGCUCACGGAAGGAGUAAGCCUAAUCUAAAAAUUCUUGAUACAAAAAUUAAUCAAUCACAAAAUGCAAUAUAUAAACUACAGCAAGAAAUUCAAGUUGAAAAAGAUGUUUUUCGAGGCCUUACAGCUCAAUCAGAAUCAGCUGAUCUGAGUCAGCACACUGAGUAUUUUAUAAGUAGCAACCUAGAAUUAAUAAAAAGAUAUGAAGAACUAACUGAAGAAAAUAGAAACCUUACAGCAAAAAAAAAUUAUUUGGAAAGCCAGAAUUCACAAGCUUCUUCUGAGUUUAUGAGAGUUUUGAACCCAAAAAUCCACUCCCUUAUGAACAAAGCUAUACAAAUUGAAGACCAAAAUCAGCUCUACCGUAAUUUGCUUAUUGAACUUGAAGAAGAAAGAACUCGCAUUCUCUCAGUGUACGCAAAAAUCACACAAGCACUGAAUUUAGAUGACAAGACUAAGCAAAAAGUUAAAGAUCUGGAGGAUUUGAUACAAAAUAAGACAAUUAUAAUCUCUAAACUUGAAGAAAGACUAAAUUAUAAAAUUCAAGACUUAAAAGAAAAAGAAUACGAAAUUGCAAACUCAGAAGAGCAGCUCUUAAAAGAAAACAACCAAAACUUAGAAAUAGAAAUCGAGGAAUUAAUUAAAACUCAGAAUAUUUUGCUAGAAGAAAUAAAAAAAAUUGACACUGAAAUAAUUGAAGAAAAACUGAGGUCGAAUGUAUUGUCUCCAAAAGAAGCCCAUUUUAGACUAAAAGAAGAAGCGAAAAAAUUGGAAACAGAGAUAAUCGAAAAAAAUAAAAUUCUUAAACAUAAAGAUAAAGCUUUAUACAAGCUUAAAACAGAUCUGCAAGAGAUCCUUAAGAAAAUUAAAAAGCCUAAGUCGAGGAACUCUAUAAGACCAAGUUCUCACAUGAGCACUCCAAGAUUUCUUAAUUUUAUUGUACGUGACUUCUCACUGUUGUUAAUGCAAUCACCAAGGACUCAUAAGGCUCGGCCAAGCUGAGUUUGAAGGGAAGAUGAUUCCGCUAGCAAUAAAAAGAUCUGCACAACCUUGCUUCUCCUUCUGCCCCCUGACACCAUUGAGCAUCCUAGUGUUUUUUCUUCCUCUUUGCACUUUCUCCUUGCAUUGCGGCUCCAGUGUUGAGUAUGAUCUAAGGUUAUCCAUGCAGGAAUCCCACAAAAUGAAUUUCUUUCGGCAAAAGGAAAAGUUCAAGGCUUAGAGUGGAACUUUCGGUUUUACUCUAGGGACUUGCCCAAUUGGUCUAGGUGUUCCCUGUAGAUUUGCUGUGCUUGCCCUUUCCAAUUCUGGGCUCUCUCUUUCCUCUUGAUGUAAAUUUCAACUCUGAAAGCGGACUUGCUAGGCUCCGAAAUGGCAUGGAAUUGCUUACCUAGCAUAGCUGCCAAUUUCUGAGAUGGGAAAAACCUUGCCGGAUAUACUUUAAAUAUAUGCUCGAAACCGCAUUCCUGGAAGCCAUUCAGGCCAUGCCCAGCCUGAGGCGCCAUAUAUAAAGUAUAACUCCAAGAUUAUCAGAGUACAGAAUUACUUCAACGUCCGCAUUUUCAAUGACUCAGCAGUCUUUCGCCGUGCAACCUUCUGACCCUCGAAGAAAUACCAUCAUUUCAAAAAUCAGCAAAGAAGGGAUAACGAAAGACUUGAUGAAGACUUUCAGGACAGUGGGCAAACCUGAGCAAAGCUUAGGCUCGAAAAUUGUGGAACUGAACCGUGGACUGUUUUUGACGCGAUUUAAUUCAACUCCAGCGAUAAGCUCAAGCAGAGGGUAG